AUGCCUCACCGCGACUCGUCUCCGGCUAUGUCGGAAAACGAGUUCGAUAUUACGAACUCGCUCUUCCAGAACGAUAGCGAAUCCGACAAUGACGAAAAACCCCGCCGCCGCCAGAAGCCCAAGCCCGCUCCUACCGGAGAUCUCGACUUCCUCGGCGCCGAUGACGACGAUGACGAGACCUUCAUUGCGAAUCAGCAGGCAUCUGCCAACCGAAAAGGGGCCAACCUCAAGGGUCGUACUGUGAAGAAGGGUGGUGGCUUCCAGGCCAUGGGUCUAAACGGCAAACUGCUCAAGGCGAUCGCCCGCAAAGGAUUUUCAGUCCCGACUCCCAUUCAGCGCAAGACGAUCCCUGUUAUUAUGGACGACAAGGAUGUGGUGGGUAUGGCCCGUACUGGUUCCGGAAAGACUGCAGCAUUUGUCAUUCCCAUGAUCGAAAAGUUGAAGAGCCACAGCACCGCAUUUGGAGCCCGCGGAUUGAUUAUGUCUCCCUCUCGUGAAUUGGCCUUGCAAACGCUCAAGGUGGUCAAGGAAAUGGGCCGCGGUACAGAUCUACGAUGUGUUCUCCUUGUCGGUGGUGAUAGUCUUGAAGACCAGUUCGGUAUGAUGGCAGGCAACCCCGACAUUGUUAUCGCUACACCUGGUCGUUUCCUGCAUUUGAAGGUCGAGAUGGAUUUAGAUCUCUCGUCUAUCAAGUAUGUCGUCUUCGACGAAGCUGAUCGACUUUUCGAAAUGGGUUUCGCUGCGCAAUUGGCCGAAAUUUUGCACGGCCUGCCUACCACCCGCCAGACACUUCUCUUCUCCGCUACACUGCCCAAGUCACUUGUUGAAUUCGCACGUGCUGGCUUGCAAGAACCCAGUCUGGUUCGUCUGGAUGCUGAAAGCAAAAUUUCUCCUGAUCUCCAGAAUGCUUUCUUUGCGGUCAAGUCAUCUGACAAGGAAGGAGCUCUUCUUCACAUUCUCCAUGAAAUCAUCAAGAUGCCUACAGGGCCAACCGAAGCUUCCUUGAGAUUCAGGGAAGGCUUCAGGGACAACAAGCGCAAGCGAGAUGGAGAGAAGCGCAACACCUGGAAGGAAUCGCCCACCGAACAUUCCACUAUUGUAUUCGCUGCCACCAAGCAUCACGUUGACUAUCUCUACUCCCUUCUCGUCGAAGCCGGCUUUGCUACAUCCUAUGCCUACGGUACCCUGGACCAGACUGCUCGUAAGAUGCAGGUCCAGAACUUCCGAAGCGGUAUUUCCAACAUCCUGGUCGUCACCGAUGUGGCCGCUCGUGGUAUCGAUAUUCCCGUUCUUGCCAACGUCAUCAACUACGAUUUCCCGUCGCAGCCCAAGAUCUUCAUUCACCGUGUCGGUCGUACUGCUCGUGCCGGUCAGACAGGUUGGAGUUACAGUCUCGUGCGCGACGCGGAUGCCCCGUAUCUGCUCGACCUUCAGCUUUUCCUGGGCCGACGAUUGGUCCUUGGCCAUCAAUAUGGCGACAAGGUGAACUAUGCUGAGGAUGUCGUCGUGGGAACGAUCCCCAGAGACCCGUUAGCCCGAACCUGUGAAUGGGCCAACAAGGUCCUGGAUGAGGUCCCGGACAUUCACGCGCAGCGCCAGGUUGCCACAAGAGGUGAGAAGCUCUACAUGCGCACCCGAAACGCCGCAUCUGCGGAGAGUGCCAAGCGAGCGAAGAAGGUCACUUCUUCUGAAGACUGGUCUACCAUUCACGUCCUUUUCAACGAUGCGACUAAUCAGCUCGAGGCCGAGCGAGAGUCGAUGCUUGCCCGUAUCGGUGGCUUCCGGCCCCAGGAGACUAUCUUCGAGCACCACAACCGACGUGCCGGAAAGACCGGCAAGGCCGAAGGUGAAGAGACCAUUGAGACUAUCAAGCGAAUUCGCACUACUGUCGACAGAAAGAAGCAGCGCGCGCAUGCCAAGGAGCAGGCCGAUCUGAUUGAGGCUGGAGGCGGUGGCGAUGGAGAGGAUGCCGAUGAGAUGGACGAAGACGUUCCUGAAGAAGCUGGAGAGAACAUGUCCGAGGCGGACGAGUCGGACCUGGAGGUAACCUUUGGCGCCUACUCGAAGAAGGAAUCCGGCGACAAAUCCAAGGAGUCAUUUACCGCUACGUUCCAGAACCCCGACUACUUCAUGGGAUACAAGCCCAACCACAGCAACGCCGCGGAAGAUCGCGGAUACGGUGUGCACUCCGGUACCAACUCCAACUUCACGGCUGCCUCACGCGACGCAGCCAUGGAUCUCAAUGGCGACGACGGACAGAAGCACUUUGGUGAACCUCGCUCGACCAUGCGCUGGGACAAACGACACAAGAAGUACGUGGCGCGUCAGAACGACGAGGACGGAUCGAAGGGCGCGCGAAUGGUGCGCGGCGAGAGUGGUGCCAAGAUUGCCGCCUCUUUCCGCAGCGGUCGUUUCCAGUCCUGGAAGAAGGGCAAGCGUAUGAGCGGUAUUCCACGCGUCGGCGAAGCCGAGCAGGCUGGCAUGGGCCACGGCAUGAACCCCGGUGGUCGCGGCGCUGGCGGUCGAUUCAAGCAUCACCAGAACCGGGCACCCAAGCGGGCCGACCCGUUGCGACACGACUACGAAAAGAUGAAGAAGAAGAACGAUGCGGCGCGCGAGCGACAGGGCCCGGCGGCCACCGGUCCGCGGGGCAAGAGCGAGCUCAAGUCGACGGACGAUAUUCGCAAGGCUCGCAAGCUACAGCAGAGACGGCAGGAGAAGAACGCGCGUCCGCAGCGCAAGAAGCGUUGA